GCAAAGCAAUUCGUCAGCACAUUCAUUCGCUUUUGCUUUGGCAAUGCUUGAAAAACCGUUGUUUACUAGCUUUUUUGGGAUUUUGGAUGUUGAUGUUGUUUGGAUGUUGUUAUUUUCAAACUUGUACAGAGGUGUACAUACGUAUUCGGAGGCAAGGACCGCGGAUCUAAACGGUCGUUUCCUUCGCCAGCUCGUUAAAUUUUAAUGUUUCUAGUCAACAUCAGUUUUAUAUUCCUGUCGUUUGUGCUUUAUGAAAGCAGACUUGCAGAAGCACACAGCAAAAGCAUCAAAGAAACAUCAUCACAUGAGCGAAACAGCAAGAGAGAGGUGGAGAGAAGCAGUAGAAAAGCAGAAAGCAAAAUGUACAUCGUCAGUUGGGGAGCAGCAGUUGCUCGACGUGGUUAUCGUUUGUGCUUUUCCCUUUGUGCUUUUUGGCACGAGGGACCAUUGCCUAAGUGGGUUUUCUAAAAAUAGAAAGCACUACCAAAAAAUAUCAUUUAUUCAAGACGACCAUGAAUAGUGCUGUACCGCCCGGCGUGGUGGGACUACCCUAUCGAUUUUCGGAUGAGCGUACGGUCAAGUUCGUAGAGCUUUACGGCCGGGAGCCUUGUCUCUGGAACAAGCGACCCUAUUUGCGUCGAGCUCGAAACGCCGCCUAUCGGCGAAUUCAGUCCGGGAUCAAUGCUGGUAUAGAACCAUACGAAUCAGGUCUUACCAUCCAGGGCGUCAAGAUGAAGAUCAAGAAUCUCCGUACUGGGUACCACCAGGAGCUGAAGAAGAUCAGAACUAUUCCGGGAUAUCAGCCAAAGACGCCCUGGUUUGCCCCACUUCACGGAUUUUUGGCAGAGUUCUUGGACACGAAUGAGUUGGAAACAGCAACAACUCCACAACUACGGCGUCUACAGAUUCGACUUACCAGACUGAAGCCGAUUAAGAUACAGACGGAGAUUAAGCCUGAUCCUGAUGAUUUUUCCGGCCCCGAGAGGCCACUGGAUCCCACACCCUCGUCCCUUUUUACUGUUCUGCCAGCACCCAUGCCCAUGGAUCAACCUCCCACUCCGCCGCCUUCCCUGCCCAAGAUCGGAGACAUCAAUUCACCAGGACUUCCAGCCCAAGUCCCUGUUCAGAUGCCAUUGCCCCUGUCGACAGCCUGCUCCAUUUCUGAAAAGAGUGAGGUCCUGGGAUUGGGUCUGGGAUCAUCGGUAGCUGGACGGGCGAAUGGAGUUGGACUCGGAGUUGGAAUGCGAGGCGAGGACGAGUUCACCUACUUUGGCUUGAGCGUUGCCGCGCAAAUCCGGAAUAUGCCAUUGGCCAGUGCGAUGGUAAUGCAGUCGAAAAUCCAGUAUAUGCUCUCUAUGGAGCGUCGUAAGAUUAACGGCCAUCCUGUCGAUAUGGAUAUGUUAUUUAACUGAAAUCUAUGUUUUGUAAAUUAUUGAGAUUACAUUCCUUAAAAUGAAUCUGUGAAUAUAACUUUUGGCAAAACAUCUUUGAUUGCUCAAUUUACAAGGCUCUUGUGCUGUGUUCUUGUUGGAAAACACUAAGUACCAUAUGGCGUUAAACUCAAUGACGAAGCAACCUCAUAUAAUAUAUAAGUUACAAAAAAAU